AUGUUUGCCAAGGCAACCGCAAACUUUGUCCGUCAGAUCGACCCGGAUGGAACUCUGAUCUCUGUCUCCCGCCUUAAUGACUCAGACAAAUUGGUUCCCAUGGCGCUGGUUGUCAAGCGCAACCGUUUCUGGUUCUGGCAACAGCCCAAGUACCAGCCCUCUGGCUUCACACUCAGUCACCUGUUGUUAGGAGACAAAGAGCUCACUCCAGACGUGUCUGAGUCAGACUUCCUGUCCUAUGAGGGUAGGUUUGGAGACAACCUGAGUGGGAAGCUGGACGCCAAGGCUGGGAACGUCAGUGUCAGCUUGGAGGGGAGGGGCUCCUCCAACCUCCAAUCAUCAUUCGGCAAGCUGAAGAAGCAGGAUGUUGAUGUGCAGAAGCUACUGCUGGCCUCCAAUGACAGGAUGGUGGACAUGCAGCAUGUUCUAGUGCAGCAGUGUGAGAAGCAUACGGAGGUGUUUGCUGUAUUGAAGGAGAGGGUCCUAACCACCACCCCCUGCUCCAUCUCAGAACAGGUCCAGGAACAGGGCACCUGCCAGAGGGUUCUGGGACUACUGGGCAACCUGGGGACACAUGCUGUACAGGAGAAUGGCAGUAUAGAGAUGGACAGUGACGUUUCCUUGGAGAUUCCCCCUCUCACUGUCAUCGCCUACAGCCUCAUAGAGCUAGAGGUCAGGAAAGACGGACACUAUGAGCUGUGUCUCCAGCAUGGUACUCUUGGAGGAUUCGAGGCAGACUCUGGAAGGACCUCGCCGUCCCAGGAUUCCUUUGAUGCCCUGUGUGUAGUGGACGGGCUGGAGUGGACGGAGAAGGAGAUUCCUGAAGGAGCACCACUCAGCACACUGCAGAAAAACUUGCAGGGGUUGGACUUGGAGGUCUAUGCAGGUCAGUUAGCGGUUCUCCCAGAGUCGACCCGGUUCUCUCUGUUCCAAAGACUCCGGGAGGUUCUAGUGGACAGAACCACACUCACGGUUCUGGAACACAUGUUGGAGGAGUUGUGCAGAGGUGAGGAACCUGACCCUGCAGAGGUAAAGCAAUUAGCUGUGACUCAAAACAAAUCUGCUUUCGCCCUAUUGGACCUGGUCCAGAAAGGCCCAACCAAUGAGAUACAGGCUGACAGAGCCUCCGCCUCCCCUCACCUGAUCGCCACUCACCUGCUGGUCAGCGCCUUGGAGGCGUUGCCUGAAGCUGCUCUGACUCUGCUGGGAGAAUCUAGCCCUGAUGUCCUGGAAGCUCUCAACACUCUGGUGACCAAGCUAAAGGUAAACAGUCAGCCCCUCCCCCUUGAGUCGCUGCCCCUCCCCCUACAGGAUGAGGGGGCAUUCCAUUGGGCAGAGCAGCUCCUCUUCUCCUCCAAAGAUGUGUGA